CGGUUUUGAUGGAUUCAAAGUCAAUGAACUACAUCUUUUCUUUUCUUUUCUUUUUUUCUCUUUGUAUCGAGUUUUGAUGGAUUCGUCUCUGAAUCCAAACAAGCAUCUCAAAGAAGAAUUCGUAAGCAAUCUAGAUGGAUCAUCUAUUCUGGAAAUCGCAGCACUAUUAACCAUUGUCCCUCUUUUGGUUCUUAUUCGCUACUCCAUUGGCUUUCGCUCUAGAACCGAUAAUAACAAUGACAAAUCCGUUUCAUCGAAGAAAAACGACGAUGAGAUUGUUGUUUCCAGACAAUGGAAGGCUUACAGUUAUGCCAUAUCCUUGGACUUCAUCUUCAUUGUCUUCCCCAUGCUCUUGUUCUUCACCGUUCUGUCAGAAUGGGUUUAUCAUGGGGUAGUUUUGUUAUCUCUUCUGUUGCUUGUUCUUUCUGUGACUGCAAAAAAAAGGUCUUCUUCAGGGUUGCAGAGAGGACAGUCUCUCUCGUUUAGAGCUAAUGUCUCUUCCUAUAGAGUUGCUCUGAUGCUGAUUACAUGCUUGUGCAUCUUGGCUGUUGACUUCACUAUCUUUCCGAGGAGGUACGCUAAGACAGAGACUUACGGUACUAGCUUGAUGGAUCUUGGGGUUGGCUCUUUUGUGUUGGCUAAUGCUAUAGUAUCUCGGCAAGCUAGAGACGUCUCAUCAGGAAACUGGAUUAGUGGACUUAAGGCAACUGCUCCUCUGCUCUUACUCGGGUUUAUUCGUUUAGUUACCACUUCAGGUGUGGAUUAUCAGGUCCACGUUACGGAAUAUGGACAGCACUGGAACUUCUUUUUCACACUUGCAGCCAUAUCAAUUCUCACAUCGUUUGUUAACAUACCAGCUAAGUACUGUGGAAUCCUAGGUUUCACUGUUCUUGCAGGGUACCAAACUUGGUUGGUUAGUGGACUGAACACAUAUCUACUUUCCCACGAAAGAGGAAACAACAUUAUCAGCAAGAACAAGGAAGGAGUAUUUAGCACGCUUGGUUAUUGGGGCAUGUACCUUCUCGGCGUUGACUUAGGCUAUCGUCUCUUCUACGCAAAGCAUUCCAAUACUCGAAGCACCACGAUCUCAAUCGCUAGAGUCUUUCUCGUUUCUCUUAUAUUAUGGAUUGUGACUUUACUUGUUGACAACUAUGUGGAGAGGAUAUCCCGUAGAACGUGCAACAUGCCUUAUGUUACUUGGGUGCUCGCUCAAGAUCUUCAGGCGCUGGGUAUAUUUAUGCUUUCGAGUUAUAUACCUAUGAACAAACUCUCACCACUUGAAGAAGCAAUUGACCAGAAUCUUCUAGCUACUUUUCUUCUGGCAAACGUGUUUACAGGAAUGGUGAAUAUGGCCGUAGAUACCAUAUUUGCUUCUCCACUUUCUUCCCUUGUGAUAUUAACAGCUUAUGCCUUUGGUUUAUCUGUUAUUAUCGGAACCAUUCAUUUCUCCGGUUUUCGUUUGAAGUUCUGGUAGGAGGAUAGUACAACAACAUCUUUGUAAACUCUUUUAAUGACAAUGUAAUUGAUUCAGACCUGCUUGUGUUGCAUAUGAAGAGAUGCGCUUUUUUUUUUGGUCCAGUACGGUCUUGUGAAGUCUGAAUAUUUUA